GAGCCGGGACACACAGUGCGGUACAGUCACACUGCCGCACGGAUAAUCGGAUACAACUAGUCCAUUGCGUGUCUCUAUCUAUUGGAAGGAUCAUGCCUGCUGAUAGCAUGGAGAAACCCACCGCCUCCCCUAUUGCAGGGGCACCGGCCAACUCAGCCCAGACCCCGGAUAAACCUAAGAGUGCCAGCGAGCACAGAAAGUCCUCCAAACCCAUCAUGGAAAAACGCAGGAGAGCUCGGAUCAAUGAGAGCCUGGGGCAGCUGAAGACCCUCAUCCUGGAUGCCCUUAAGAAAGAUAGUUCUAGACAUUCCAAGUUGGAAAAGGCGGAUAUUUUGGAAAUGACCGUCAAACACCUGCGGAACUUGCAGCGAGUCCAAAUGACAGCUGCUCUGACUGCUGAUCCCUCAGUCCUUGGAAAGUACAGGGCUGGAUUUAAUGAAUGCAUGAAUGAAGUCACCCGCUUCCUGUCUACCUGCGAAGGGGUGAACACCGAGGUCAGGACGCGUCUUCUGGGGCACCUCUCCAGCUGCUUGGGUCAGAUCGUGGCUAUGAAUUACCAACAGCCGCCUCCAUCCAGCCAACCCCUGCACGUCCAGCUGCCCUCGGCACCAGUAGCCUCCGCCCCGGUGCCCAUGCCCUGCAAGAUGACCCCAGCGGAAGCCGUCUCUCCUAAGGUCUUCCAAGGAGGUUUCCAGCUGGUUCCGGCCACCGAUGGACAAUUUGCCUUCCUCAUCCCCAACCCAGCUUACGCCUCCAGCCCCGGACCGGUUAUCCCCCUCUACGCCAAUGGAAAUGUCACCUCCGGCGGUGCAGCUCAAGCCCAAUCUCCGGUGCAAGGACUCACCACCUUCAGCCACAAGAUGCCCCACAUGGCGCAGUCAGUAAGCCCACUGGGGGUCAGCACCGGGCCCGACACGGAGUCCGUCUGGAGACCCUGGUGACGAACUCGUCCCAUAAGACUUUUGUAUUGAUUUUUGGUUCCGUUGUAUGGGACCUUGCCGUAUAGAGACAAUCUAAAUCUAUUUAUUUCCCGCUAUGAGGAACUUCACGUUUUUUAUAUAUAUAUAUGAUGAAAAAUCUUGUAUAAAUGACCCAUUUUGUAUUAAGACCGAGAGGUUGUUUUUGUUUUUUUUUGUUAGUUUUGUACAAUUGGUACAAAUAUUGUGUAAUGCCAAAGUUCUUGUGAUGGUUUUUGUGUCAAAAACUUCCCAAACUUACAGGAGUUUUAUGAAAUAAACUCUUAAAAACGUA